AAUUUCAGUUUUUAAUAAUAAUUUAGCUCCUACAGAUCAAAACAACAUGCAUAGGCAGAUCAAAAUUAUCAUAAAGCGACCGAACUGUCAACCAUUUUCCUGCUUUUUUCAAACUUCCUGCUUAUUUUAGAAAGUAAACGUGUGUAUACUACUUGAUCCCGAAGUUUUUUUGUUCAUUCCUUAACAAACCAGCAGAUCAGUUUGGCUAGUUGCUCCUGCAUUAUUGCAGUUAUACGACUUUUUCACAAUUUUAGACUGUUUAAGAGGAUACAGGAAGAAAAGUUUCAGGAUUUGAAAAAGAUUUCUUGACAGGUCACCGCAGAAGAAUGGCCAACUGGCAAGAAUCAGCUUCAGACUCUGCAAAGAAGCACAGACAUAUCAGAUACACUAUCAGACAUGGGUACUCCUCUGAAACAAAAGAAAGAUUUUUGUAAAGAAGCAGUAAAAUCCAUUGCUGAUUUAAGCUAUAGUUAUAGUGGAUGCAAGUUCUAACAAAUUCUACAGAACUAUCAAAGUACCUAUGAUAUCUGUUAUGCUGCAGUUAUAGUGAAUGCGAGUUCCAACAAAUUCUACAGAACUAUUGAAGUACCUAGAAUAUCUGUUAUUAUGAUGAUUAUGAUGUCAUGAUACAACCAAUCAGUGAGGAAGCUCGUCUAUAUGGGGAAACAAGUUAUGAAUGCAGUGUCUACUGAAUAGGCAGAAGCUGUGUUACAAGCUUUCAUCAUGAUCAGAAGUCCCAUGAGGUUAUCGUUUCUUUCAAGUUGGAAGAGUUGUUAUUGAACUAUUCAAGGAUAUUGUUCCGAAAACAGUUGAAAACUUCAGAUGUCUCUGUACAGGGGAAAAGGGGAUUGGCAUUUUAGGGAAGCCUCUCCACUACAAGGGUACCAAAUUUCACAAAGCUAUGCCUGCAUUCAUGAUUCAAGGUGGGGAUAUAAGUGAAAAUGGUUGUGGUGGAGAAUCCAUUUACGGUUUGACAUUUGAAGAUGAAAAUUUCACCAUUAAGCAUGAACAUGAUGGCAUGGUCAGUAUGGCUAAUUGCGGAAAACCGAACACAAACAGCUCACAAUUUUUUAUAACAACAGUACCAUGUCCGCACUUGGAUGGCAAUAAUGUAGUCUUUGGACGUGUUCGUUUCGGUUUGGGAGUAGUGAAGGAAGUUGGUAAAACUUCGACUGUCAAUGAAGUUCCACAAGUGCCCUGCGUAAUAAGUGACUGUGGUGAACUUAAUAAUGAUAACUGGGGAGUUAAUGAACGUGAUGGGACUGAAGAUGUUUACCCACCGUUCCCUGAAGACUGGAUACAACCAGAGAAGUUUGCAGAGAAUGGAAGUAUGGAAAAUGUUAUAUGUAAAAUUAAAGAUUCUGGGAAUAAAUAUUUCAAAGAGGAGAGUUUCAUGCAUGCAUGUAGAAAAUACAAAAAGGCUCUUCGAUACAUUGAUUGGGCUGUGAAUCAAGAUGAUCACUGUAAAACAAAGGAGUCUUUCAUAGAUCUAAAAACAGUUUGCAUGCUCAAUUCAGCAGCAGUAUACUUAAAAUUAAACGAUCACAAAAAGGUUAUCUCUUUCUGCAAUGACGCAUUGAUGAUUGACAGAAAAAAUACCAAAGCUCUGUUCAGAAGAGCACAGGCGAAUAAAUAUUUGAAGAAUUUUGAAUUGGCAAUGGUAGAUCUCCAAACUGCACAUAAGUACGAACCUCAGAACCUCGUUAUUGCCACAGAGAUAAAAGUGGUGAAAAAAUUCAUAAUGGACUAUAAGCAAACUGAAAAAGAAAGAUGUACAAAAAUGCUUAAAGUAUAAUCAGAAAAUUGUAUAAUUCAAAUUGAUGUACAGAACCGUGUAUAGAUCAGUUUGCAAAUAAUUCAUCAGAGUCUGGAGACUGAAAAAUAUUUUAAUUUGAACGAUUUGAUAACUUGACUGACAGCAAACAAUUUAUUCGACUGUCAAGAGAGAUAAACUAUGUUAUUAACGACUUAUCGUUAAUCCCUCAGGUAUUUUCUUCAUUUUGUGAAGGGAACAGAAUAUAAUUUUUUUUCUUUGAAACCUUGAGAGCCUACUGGUUAGAUAAAUACCCAGGUUGAAUCAAUAGAUCUAGGUAACACAACCCAGUCUAUGCAAGGUUUCAGUUAUUUUUUAAUCCUCCAUUACUACUAGGUUUGGGUUUCCUCAAUCCUCAUAUUCUAAAUAUGGUACUGCCUGACUUAACCCUGCCUAGCUGACUUCUUUGCUUAAGAAUUCUUCUUAAAUAGUAAAUAAAUAUAUAAAACUAAUAUUUCGUAUUGUACUUUGGCAAAAUGUAAAUACACUUACAAUUUAAUGAAACCAAUUGCUAAAUUCAAGAUGUAUUUAUAACUUAAUAUGCUAAAAAUAGGUAAUAGGAAAGAAAAUUGUGUCAUUUUUGUUACAACAGUCUCCAAACUCUGUGCCUAUGAGAAAUUCCUUAGUGUUAAUAAAAUUUUAAAAAUGUAGUAACUGCCAUAAUUUUUAAAAACUAUGGCAUACCAAUAGUAGAUAUACUAUUAAAUGUUAAUAAAUACGUAAAUAUUUUAUUCCAGUUCUAACUCAAUGUUUGUAUUUGGGUUAGAUUUACAAGGGAAUGACAUCAAUGAACAAGGAUUUAGUGAAUUAAUUAAAAAAAAGUGUGUAACAUAUGUGCACACAUAUUAUAGUGUCAAAAAAGACAAAUUUUGAACUGCUUGAAGGAUUUUUAAAACAAAAAAUAAUUUUAUGAAUAUGAGAUUGUUUAAAUAUAUUUUAUUGUCAACUCAUGACCAAUAUGACAGAAUUUAAAUAUACUAUGUACAUUGCUAUACAUAGGAUAAUAAUAGAACAUAAUACUAAAAAUUAUCCUAGUGUGUAUGUAAAUAUUGUGUUGUAUGUUUAGUUAAAGUAUGAUGGGUAAUAUAUAGACAAUAGUGUAAAGAUAGAUAAUAGUAUAAACCACACGCUUUGGGACAAAUCAUUUUUCAAGUUGGUUUAUUUUAAUUUUUUAAUUAAUAUUCGAAAGCUAUGGUCGUGCAAUCACCGAAUUCAGUUAAACUUUUCUUGGUGAUAUUAGGUGGAAAGUUAUAAAAUUCGAGACCAAGUGUUCUUCCCAAUGAACCUACAAGCUGAGAAAUUUUGUUUUUAGUAAUUUAAUUUUUUUAUUUUAAAUAUGGUUUCCUGCCGUGCAUUAACUUUAUCGUGUAAGGGAAGCCAACACUUCAACUGGAAACAAUCAGUACGGACCUGGUAGCUCCCCAGUCUUACACCAUUUAUAAAUAUAUCAUGUGUUUACAUCUUGCAUUGUGUACCAUAUAGAUGUGGAUAAAACCGUGUAGAACAAAAACCAUUUACAACAAAUACACCACGGGAAAAAUCCACAUAUUCUAGGGGUACUCUUGAUGUCCCAACUAGCAGGAGCACACCGAUCCACCACCCCAGAUGGAAGCCCUGUUUUCUGCCUUUGUUGGGCAUGUUUGAGGUUAUUAUAUAUUCAUUUAUUUUUUUUAUGUAUGUAGGAUAAUAAAGACUACCAAGAAAAGUAGGGAAAAAAUGUUUUCUUGAAAAAAUCAUUUAGGUUAGUUUUAACAUCCAAUCUAAAGACCUCAAAUGCGGAUUUUUAUAUCAAUAACUUUUGUUUUUAUGUUAUGUUCAUAACUGUCAUGCUGACAAUCGUAGGAGAUCCUCCAAAUCCGUACAAUAUAAAGAACUUGUUUCUAAUUAUAACUUCUUUAAUAUGUCUGACAAUAUUAAAAUUGCCUCUUUUCCUUUUGCUCAUCUAUUUUUAAAAAUUAUAUAUGAAUUGUUCCCCUUAAUUACAACCCUACAAAAGAUAAGCACUCCAACCUAUGUUCCAACAAACAUGCUAGAGAAGACACAUUUCAUUUUUUUUCAUAAUGUCCAAUUUUAUAUGGAUUCAGAACAAGACAUUUAAGUUCAUCUACUUCUGUGUUUUGGUGACCCGGGGUCAGACCUUGGUCUAACUUGUACCACCGUCAUGGUCAUUUCAGCUCCUUCUGUUGUAACCUAAACACACUCACUCUACCACUCAUUCUUAAUUAUUCUGAUUUAAAUACUUUUUGCUCAAGUAGAGUGAUGGAGUACUAGAUAUUGCUCCAUCACCCUUUAUCACGCUAUAAACAACUAUACUUACAAUACCUAGUCUAAUUGAUGAGGUACGUAAUAUUACACCAUCAAUAUUUUUUGUACUAAAUGCACAUUCACACAUAUAAGUCUUACGAAACAGUUAAAGCAUCUAUCACCCAAGUUAGCAUAUAUACAAAAGUAGGAUUACCUGCGAUAAACAAAAUAGCUAUAUAUAUUUCCCCAGUUUCCUCCAGAAAUGGGGAAUAGGGGACCCAAAGAUUUGCUUGUGUUGUGGUGGAGCACAAUUCUUAUAAUGGGCGGCAUUCGUACUAUACUAUGGAGCUAAGGAAUCACACCUUUCAAUCACAUUGAACCUUUCAUGCCAGGAACAUACUUUGGCCCAAAAAGUAAGCGUCCGUGAUUCAACCGAGUAUGACUACUUCCUCAGUCAGGUUAGAAUUCUUCUUCUGUGGUUUAGAUUCCUCAGAGCUACUUACCAAUCAUGUUCUUGAAGCACAACAGCUUCUCAGGCGACCUAGACCUUUGACGCUUUUUUAACCAUAUUAUUUAUUGCUUGUAGUCAGAUCAUCGUUUUGUUUGUUGUCAAACGUCUGUUGAGACACUAAUUGAGCGUAAAUCUGUAUUUCUCAAAAGUACUAAGUGAUUAGCUAAUCCAAUUAAGUUAAGCCAUUGUAUAAUAAAAUAAAUAUAAUAAUAUAAAUAAUUAAUAAACAAAGUUAAUAACAUGAUCCCUGAAGUAAACUUCAAUUCUGUAUAAAAUACUAAAUUUUAUUUGUUUUGUUGAAUACUUAUUGCUCCUUCUCUGGCAGAUAGUUGUAAACCAUAACCAUAGUGUGCUUUUUUAUAUUAUAAUUAUAUUGCAAAAUAUUAUUCUUAUAUUCAUCAAAUAAAGUACCUUUUCAUUCAUUUGUUCAUUUAUACUUGGACAAAAAAGGUAGAAAACCAUGUUUAAAAAAAAAUUAAAUUAUAUACUUUUUCUGGCUCCCCCAUUGACAAGAAUGCUCAGACAUAUAUCUAAUAUUUUCCGACCUUCACCAAAAAUAGUUUCAUUGAAAACAGUGAUCCCAGUCUGCCUUUGUAGGUUAACUAUGAAUUGUGUUGUAUUAUUUAUGUAAUUCAUAUUGCAAUAUCCAUGUACGAUACAUAUAUCUACAAAUAAUUUGUAACCAUAUUUUAAGAAACGCUUAACUGCCAUAAUUUUAAUAAAUAACUUUAAAAAAUAUAAAUCUUCGUGUCACUCUUGCUAAAAAUAGUUAAUUUAUAAUUAUGAUUUAACAGAUAUCGGUCCCAAAGCUUAUCAUUAUAGUUUAAACUAUGUAUAAAUAUGAUGCCUAUUUUUUAAUUUGAUUGGAUGUUAUAUCAAUGGAGAAAAAACUGAUGUAUUCUGAAUAUUGAUGAACAAUUUAGAAAUUUUAUGAUUCAAAAUUUCUAUUCAUAACUAUAUCAACAAAAAUUUGAUUAUUUUUAAAAUAUAUUUUCAUACUGGGCAGAAUUUGUAUAUAUUAUAUCAAGAGAUAUGGGAUGAGAUCUCAACAAUUUGUCAUGGAAAAAUGAUUAAUUAAACCAAAAUCAAUAACUGUAAAUACAUAACACGUGGUACUAAUGGCUUGUAAUUUAAAUUGUUUAAAAAUGUAAUUUAUUGAUAGUCAAAAGGCUUAAAUAUGCCAUGAAGUCAACAGUUAUGUGAUCUAUUGUAAAUAAAGUUUCUGACAUUUACAUUAAAAAAAGAAAGGUAUUAAUAAUUUUGUACCACCAUAUUAUUUGUGUGAUUGCAUAGUCUAAUUAAAUUCAAUUUAUAUCAUAAUUUAUUUUUGUACAAGUUAUUUGGCAGCGGUUGUAAUAUAAAUUAAUGAAGUGAUAUAUUUGAGUGAUUUUAUUGAAUAGCUUAAGUUAACAAAUAGGUACACAAUAUGAUUUAUUUAAACUUAAAAUUUCCAUUGGAUAUUCCAGUAUUUUUGACAAAUGUAGUGAGGGUGCUACAAUUUUAUGUUAUCUAAUUGUUUUCUUCUUUUUUUUAAUAUUAAGUAUAUGACUGAAAAUUGUACCUGUACAUUUUUUUCUGAUUUCUUCUUAUCAUUAUUUUGUGUAUAUUUGGUUUGGAAUUUGAUGUGAAUCUAAAUAUCAAUUUUUAUUUUAUUAA